CCGGGGACUCCCCCGCCGAGUGUCGCGCGUCGGCGCCGCUGCCACCCGGCUCUGCGCUCUCGGGUCCUCCCGGCCCCCGCUCCCGUCCCUCUCCGGGCCACCCUUGCUCCCCCCGGCCGCCGCGCCCGCCGUCCCCAUCAGCCCCUCUUGUCUGGCCGCCGGGCCGCGGCGGGCGGGAGCAGCCGGAGGAGGAGUCGCAGCCGGGAGGCGGUGGCCCGAGCCCAUGGCGUACAGUCAGGGAGGCGGCAAGAAGAAAGUGUGCUACUACUAUGACGGUGAUAUUGGAAAUUAUUAUUAUGGCCAGGGUCAUCCCAUGAAGCCUCAUAGAAUCCGGAUGACUCAUAAUUUGCUGCUAAAUUAUGGCUUAUACCGAAAAAUGGAAAUAUAUAGGCCUCAUAAAGCCACUGCUGAAGAAAUGACAAAAUACCACAGUGAUGAGUAUAUCAAAUUUCUGCGAUCAAUAAGACCAGAUAACAUGUCUGAGUACAGUAAGCAGAUGCAGAGAUUUAAUGUUGGGGAAGAUUGUCCGGUAUUUGAUGGGCUCUUUGAGUUUUGUCAGCUCUCAACCGGUGGCUCGGUUGCUGGGGCUGUGAAGUUAAACCGGCAACAAACUGACAUGGCUGUCAACUGGGCUGGAGGGUUACAUCAUGCCAAGAAGUCAGAAGCAUCAGGAUUCUGCUAUGUUAACGAUAUCGUGCUUGCCAUCCUCGAAUUACUAAAGUAUCAUCAGAGAGUCUUGUAUAUUGACAUAGACAUCCAUCAUGGUGAUGGUGUUGAAGAAGCCUUUUAUACAACAGAUCGCGUGAUGACUGUUUCAUUCCAUAAAUACGGGGAAUACUUUCCUGGAACCGGAGACUUGAGGGAUAUUGGUGCUGGAAAAGGAAAAUACUAUGCUGUCAAUUUUCCCAUGAGAGAUGGUAUAGAUGAUGAAUCAUAUGGACAGAUUUUUAAACCUAUAAUCUCUAAAGUGAUGGAGAUGUACCAGCCUAGCGCUGUGGUGCUGCAGUGUGGCGCAGACUCCCUGUCUGGAGACAGGCUCGGUUGCUUCAAUCUAACUGUCAAGGGUCAUGCUAAAUGUGUAGAAGUUGUAAAAACUUUUAACUUGCCAUUGCUGAUGCUUGGUGGAGGUGGCUACACAAUCCGAAACGUUGCUCGGUGUUGGACGUACGAGACGGCAGUUGCGCUUGACUGUGAGAUCCCCAAUGAGUUGCCAUAUAAUGAUUACUUUGAGUAUUUUGGACCAGACUUCAAACUGCAUAUUAGUCCUUCAAACAUGACGAACCAGAAUACUCCAGAAUAUAUGGAAAAGAUAAAACAGCGUUUAUUUGAAAAUCUCCGCAUGUUACCACAUGCACCUGGUGUUCAGAUGCAAGCUAUUCCAGAAGAUGCUGUACACGAAGACAGUGGGGAUGAGGACGGAGAAGACCCGGACAAGAGAAUUUCUAUUCGAGCAUCAGACAAGCGGAUAGCUUGCGAUGAAGAAUUUUCAGAUUCUGAGGAUGAAGGUGAAGGAGGGCGUAGAAAUGUUGCCGAUCAUAAGAAGGGAGCAAAGAAAGCUAGGAUUGAAGAAGACAAGAAGGAGGCAGAGGACAAAAAGACAGAUGUUAAGGAAGAAGACAAAUCCAAGGACAAUAGUGGUGAAAAAACAGAUACCAAAGGAGCCAAAUCAGAACAACUCAGCAACCCCUGAAUUUGACUCCCCAACUUUAGGAACCUCUGGAAAAUUGAGACGAUACUGGGAAGAGAAACCUUUGCUGUUUGAGGACUGGCUUCAUUUUAUACUGUUUUGGCAUGGACUGUAUUUAUUUUCAAAAUGGCUUGUUUUUGUUUUUCUUGGCAAGUUUUAUUGUGAGUUUUUCUAAUUAUGAAGCAAAAUUUUCUUUUUUUUUUUCCACCAUGCUUUAUGUGAUUGUAUUUAAAUUGAUGUGUUAUUAUGUCCAAAACAGGAUCUAUUAAAAAAGCAAUUGGCCUUUCUGAGCUGAUUUUUCCAUCUUUUGUAAUUAUCUUUAUUAAAAAAUUGUACUUGGAUUGUC